UGCCUGUUUUGAUUUAUCCUGUUUUCUUAAACUACGAAUUUUUAAAAUCUACAAAGAAAUAUAUUUCCUGUGAGAUAUCUGGAUAGUCACUGUACGAGCGAUCUGGAAGCACCAGUACGUCGCUCGGUUCCUGAUGCUUCACUGAUAAUUUCCGGCGUAUUGUAUUCAUUUUAACACGACUUUUAUAAAUUAUUAGACUUAUUAUUUAAUACCAUCGCCAUGCAUAUAUUUCCUGGAAAAUGUUUUUGCCACUGCCUUUCACAUUGGUAUUCCAUGCCGUGUUAUUGGGUGUAAUGUACCGAUGGUGCAGCACGUGCACUGUGCAAAAAGACAGCAAAGCAAAUUUACUGCUUGACGAAAUAAUUGCCCGUGCGGUUCAGUACCAGGAAGAUGACAAAGUGACCCUGAAAUUUCCUCAAGCUGUUCUAUUGGAAAAGAACGACCCCGCAGUGAUCAUCCGACGUCCGCGUCUUGGUCAGAACGUCUCCUUCACUUGCUUUGCAUCGCCAGAAGGAAACUCCCGGGCAAUCUCUUUGACUUUUCAAGGCCAAACGCUGUUCCAACAGGGCGAAAGGCUGCCCGUGGAGAACGUAAACAAUCAGCGCUACCAUUUCGCUCAGUACGGUGAUACUUUAAUUUUUCAAGUUUUCAACGUCACUUUGCAGUCCACUGGCGAGAUUGUGUGCUAUGAAGGAUUGGUAAAAAAAGCCGUAAUUCGACGCUAUAGUCUAAUGCCAUUGAUCACCCGUGCCGAAGAAAUAUUCGCUCAGUCUUUGGUCCCGCAAAAUGUGACACAAGGUGGUUCGGCGACCUUUGCCGUCGCGGUUCGCAUGCCGCUAUCGCAGCGUGUAUUGGACAAUUUGCACACUCAUUGCAUGUGGCGUCAUAAGGGACAAUGGUUGAGUGUGCCGAAGGAAGAGCCGUACACGUCUUCCAUGCCACCAACGUGGAUUCCUAUGCAGGUUCAGUUUGGUCGAAUUCCGGACAAGAACACUGUGGGAUCAUUACUUUAUCGGUUCACUUUCGAAAACGUCAAGCCGCGUGAUAAUGGUCCAGUGGAGUUUUGGUUUAGGCCGCACCGUGAGACGCACGAAUGGAUAUAUCAAUCGGCUAAACUGAAUGUGUUAUGAACAAUAACAGUAGGAACAAUAAUAACAACAAUAACAAUAACAGUAACAAUAACAGUUAUGAACAAUAACAGUGUGUUAUCUGCUGCCGCAUCGUAAAUAACACUGAUGCUGACUGAAUGUUGCUAAUUAAGUAUGCGAAUUGUUGGGGAUUUGUUCGGAUCUUGCUAUGUGUACAUUUUUAAUUCUUUGCAUUCGCUUUGUCAGAUGAAUAUCAUACAUUCCGGCUGUGCAUUGACCUUUUCGCCAUUUCAAUGCCAAAACCGUUCU